AUGUCGUCGUCUCAAGGAAAAGCCGACGACACUCCUGUCAAGGGCGCGCCUCAAUCCAUUGGCUCCACUCAGGAUGAACUCCCCGAGUUGACCAAAGCUCAGGCCAAUCGUCUUCUUCUCAAGACUGAUCUGGUUGUGAUGCCGCUUGCAAUUUUCAGCAUGACGCUCGCCUAUCUAGACAAGAACGCCCUGGGAUACGCUGCCAUCUUCGGCAUGAAAGAAGACGCCAAUCUCAAAGCCCAAGACUACAGCUGGCUCGGCAGUAUUUUCUACUUCGGUUACCUCGCCAUGGAAUUCCCCAGUCUCUGGCUUAUGACAAAAAUCCCUAUUGGAAAAUACGUCGGUGUUUGUCUCGUUCUCUGGGGUGCUUUGUUGUGCUUCUUGGCCCUCUGUCACAACUUUGCCGGUUUAGCGACAAUUCGGUUCCUCCUCGGUGUUUUCGAAGCUGCAGUGUUACCCUGUAUGAUGAUCAUCAAUUCGAUGUGGUAUCUUCGCAACGAACAACCUCUUCGUACGGCAUUCUGGAAUAAUACGUUUGCUGGUGUUUUUGGAGGUAUUUUGUCUUAUGCCAUUGGAAAGAUUGACGGAACGCUUUCAACAUGGAAGUACAUCUUCCUCAUUUACGGAGCGUGUACCGUUUUUCUUGGCUGUCUUGUCUUCUUCGCUCUACCAGAUACUCCAUCUCAAGCAUGGUUCUUCACAGCCGAAGAAAAGAAACUCGCCAUGAUUCGUCUCGCCCCAAACCAGACUGGCGUUGAGUCGAACAAGGGCUUUAAAACAUACCAAAUCCUCGAAUGCCUUCGCGAUCCCAAAUGCUAUUGUAUCUGGCUUGGCGCCUUGGGUUACGCCGUUACCAACGCAGGUGUCACAAACUUUAACCCACUGAUUAUCGCCGGCUACGGUUUUACGAAGACUAAGACUGUUCUCAUGGCUACUCCUCAAGCCGCAGUUGCCAUGGUCAGCCAGGCCCUUCUCACAACUAUUGCUCUCUACAUUCCCAACCUUCGCUGUAUCUUUUGGAUUGGAGGUGCUCUCAUGGGUAUGGUCGGAGCUAUUAUUGUACACUCCCUGGAUGUAGAGACGCAGAGAAACGCGUCUUUGGCUGGUGUUUACUUGAUGGGCUUUUACAACGUGCCAUUCAUUUUCUUGCUUAGUUUGUCUUCGUCUAACACUGCUGGCGCUACGAAGAAGAGCUUUAUGGGCAUGUCCAUCGCCAUCAUGUACGCUGUGGGAAAUAUCAUCGGUCCCCAAUUCUUCCUUAGUACACAGGCACCAACAUAUGUCCUUGGAAUUGGCGCCAUGCUUUGCGCUUUUGCCUUGAUGGCGGCUGCUGGCCUUGCUUAUUAUUUUCUCUGCAUUAUUGAGAAUAAGAAGCGUGAUAAGCAAUAUGGAAAAACUCAUGAUGUGGUUGAUGCUGGAUUGGAGGCGGACAAGAGUGACAAGACGGAUUUGCAGAACCCCAAUUUCCGUUAUACUUAUUAG